AUGGAAUACAAAUCGACUUACGCACAGGAUGACGACUAUGAUUCAUAUGAUUGUGUGAAACAUCUACAUUACAAUUCAGAUUCAUCUACAGCUUUGCCUUUUCUUUAUUUUCGAAACAUUCGUUAUCUUGAAUAUCUACCAAUAUAUCAAGAGAAUCUUUGCCCUAACAUACGAACAGAUCUAUUGACUUCAUUUUUUGUAUAUUUAUACGAUUUUGCUUUCAAAUAUCAAGUGCAAGUAUUGAUUGAUAGAUCACCACUUCUCUAUAGUUUACAAUUACGUACAGACCGCAAUCCACUUUCGUUAUUCGACGAAUUCACAAGUAAAUCGAUUCGUCAACUUGAUCUUCAUUCUCCUCACGCAUGUUGGAAUGAACAAUAUUGUACUACAUUCAGUCACACAUCACUGGGUCUCCAAUGCGAAGUUCUUACAAUAGCGGUAGAAAAUCGAACAGCUAUACUUUGUCUUGUGAAUAGCAUGAAAAAUCUACGUGCUUUAACAGUUUUCUCUCGAGAUGAUCCAUGGAAGAUGAAACUUGAUUAUGAACAGUUUCCACUAGAAGAAGACAUGCACAUCAAAUGGUUGCAACGGCAAUUACCAUCUACAUGUACAAUAUCGAGAGUUAAAUCACUUCCGAAUAAGAUUCGAUUAUGGAUUCAAUAA